GGUUAAUUAUAUCUUAAUACUAGAAACGUAGAACACAAAACUUUGUAACAUACACUUAGAGAUAAAUAUCUACAUACACAACUAUAUUGUACUAGACAUUCACACUCACUUUGUAUUUGACCGAAGCUGGAACACAUAAUAAAUUUAGUAUGAAAUCGACUAUCGCGUAGUGCACACGUUUUAUUGUCGCGGCGGUGAAAGAAGAUCCCCUACAUCUACUUCUCGUCGGUACGGACUCAUCCACGUGCGGUGAUCGAUCCGUUUAUCAGUGCGUCGUUCCAAUAUCUCGUUAAUCUCCCACCCUCUCUCGAAGUGCACCUUUUCGUUUGACGGCUGCCUAUUUUUGAAGAUCGCCGAUCGUGGCGAAUUUAGUGCGCGGUAAGUGAUCGCGCCAACAGAUUUGGUGCCGAAACCCGGGACCACGUUGCAGAAAGGUCUCGCAGGCAGCCAUUGUCGUUGAUCGUUCGACCACGUUGCGGUAUCGCGCGCGCAUUGUUCUCGCGCAUCGCAGUGAAUUUGGCCUUGGAGCGGACAACCCCUCGUCGACCCCGCUCAUCUUUUCACGGCACUGCGAUUUGCCGUUCGCUUUGCUGGCUCCGGUACCCGACUGGAACGACACGAGCACGUGAGAGUCAACGGUUGAGGUAACUCAAAACGUCGAUACCAGGUGGGUGACUCUUUUUCUACUACUACUAUUACUGCACGCACCAUGAAGAAACGUGCUUCUCGUUCAGUGGUGGCAAAAUCAGCCAAGCUGAAAACGCUUUUGCGGCAAAGAGCGAACAUUUUGGGCUCUGCCGCGUUGAUCAAAAAGUUCAACGAUCAAUACCAACAAGGUCAAUUCCACCAAGUCAAGGUGAGGAUCGACACUCUCGAUCGUUUGUGGGCUGAUUUCGCACACAUACAGGACGAGAUCGAAGAAAUCGAAGAUGGCGUCACCGGUGAUGAAAUCGAUGACGAAGAAGAGCCAACCAUUUCUGCGCAGCGGGUACAAUUUCAAUCCAUGUACCACGAGCUGAAAGCAUCUCUCGUUAGUAAGCUGCCGCUGGAUCCACCACCCUCCGGCUCUGCAGUCAAUCGUCCUCCGGUCCAACCAAUGCAGUCUGUGCGGUUGCCGGAAAUCCACAUUCCAGAUUUUUGUGGCAAUCCAUCCAAAUGGAUAGCCUUUCGGGACAUUUUUCGGUCCAUGAUCCAUUCAAGCGUUCACCUCUCGUCGGUGCAGAAAAUGCACUACCUAAAAGCGGCUCUCACAGGCGAGGCCGCGCGCAUAAUCGCAAAAUUUGAAGUUAAUUCCGACAACUAUGCUGCAGCAUGGAAAUCAAUUUGUGAGCGAUAUGAUAAUCCGAAUCUACUACGGAAACAUCAUUUCGCGGCUCUUUUCGCUAUUCCUUCGGUGAAGAGAGCUUCCUCAUCGUCGCUAUACGAGCUCGUUGAUGAGUUUGACCAUCAUGUGGGAGUAUUGGGAAAGCUGGAUACGCCAGCUGACUUGUGGGACACAGUGCUCGUCGAAACCCUCAGUAAGCGUUUGGAUCCUGCUACUCUGAAGGAGUGGGAGAACAGUUGUCAGGAAAAUGUGCGUCCCACGUACCAGCAAUUAACCGAAUUUGUGCGAAAAACAUCGCGAGUGUUACAGUCUGUUAAACUGCUUCAAACGCCCAAUCACCCUGUCGAAUCCAAACCCUCGAAACCCAAAUCGAUUUCCACCCACGUUGCUACGGAGGUUACGAACAAGUGUCUGCUUUGCAAGGACGCCCAUCCUCUUUUCAAAUGCGAUCAGUUUGUCGGAAUGGAGGUGAAACAACGCUUUGAGAUGGUGAAGAGAAAUGGAUUGUGCAUCAACUGCCUGAAGGGGUCACAUCUCGCCAAGAACUGCAGCAGUGGAAGCUGCAGAAAUUGCUCCAAGAAACACCACACCCUUUUGCAUCUGCCGCCACUAGCCGUGGCUGCGAAACCGUCGUCGUCUCAAACAACGCUGGCGUGCUCUACGGCAGCCAGUGAAGUGAUUCCUCCAGCUCAACCUCAAGUGUCGUCGAACUCGUCCGUAGUCGCCUCGCACUCGUUUUCCUCACCACCAUCGCGUUCGCAACAGCCACCCGUCGGGGCUAUGUCGUCUGGCCCGGUAAACUCGUUCUCGUAUUCGGUCGUCGUUGCUCCCUCCCCGUCGCCGGUUGAUUCGCUCGCUCCGCAAUCGAUCGGAAAAAGUCUAGAAUUGAACUCUUCUCCUGUGGCCUCCUGUGUUGCUCCACAAAGCGUUCCCGUACGUGCCCCCUGCGAUGAAGUUUUCCUAUCAACGGUAGCUGUCAAGGUGAAAGACUCCAACGGCAACCCUCGCUACGUUCGUGGGGUUCUGGAUAGCUGCUCCCAAGCAAAUUUCAUCUCGGAGGCUCUGGCGCGCAAGCUGGAGUUGAAACGCGACAGAAUCAGCAUCGAUGUUAGUGGUAUUGGCCAGGGAAUCGUCCACAUUCGCUCUAAAGUAUUGAUUAGGAUCUCGUCUCGCUUCGGUGGAUUAGACUACCCUCUCGAAUGUCUCGUUAUACCACAAAUCACGGUCACGCUUCCAAGUAAGCACAUCGACAUUUCUGACUGGAAUCUCCCCAACAACGUCCCUCUCGCAGACCCGAGGUUCAACAUCAGCUCCGGGGUCGAUAUUCUCGUUGGUGGAGAACUGUUCUACUCCCUAAUGCUCUCGCAUACUAUCAAUCUACGCGCUGGUUUCCCGAUACUUCAGAAGACUGUUUUCGGGUACGUUGUCGCUGGUCGGCUAUCAACAGCAUCUUGUACUUCUCCGAUUCGUGUAGUCAGUGCCACCACUAGUCUCGAUAAUAAGCUGCAGCGCUUUUGGGAGGUCGAAAACUUCGACGGUUAUAAGGCGAUGACUCCGUUGGAAGAAGCGUGUGAGGAGCAUUUCCGAAGCACAGUUAGUCGAACAAGUGAUGGUCGCUACAUGGUUCGCCUUCCGGUACGGGACGAAAUGGUUCAAUUGCUGGGAGAUUCUUUCGCGGUAGCACAACGCCGAUUUUGGGCAAUAGAGCGGAAAUUUGCGGCAAACCACGAGUUUAAGAGCGAAUACGUGAAGUUCAUGGAGGAGUACGCAGCACUUGGCCAUAUGGAGUUGAGUCCUCGCGUCGAAAUUCCCCAGUUUGUACUGCCACACCAUGCCAUCUUCCGCCUCGAUAGCUCCACCACGAAAACCCGCGUUGUCUUCGACGCCACCUGCAAGGGCAGUUCCCAGUUGUCGUUGAAUGAUGUACUACUCGUUGGUCCGAUCGUGCAACCUCCUCUUCUCGCUAUCGUCCUCAACUGGCGGAUCCCUCGUUUUGUUUUCAAGGCUGAUAUAGAGAAGAUGUUCCGCCAGAUUUGGGUUAAUCCUCUGGACCGCAGGUUUCUGCAAGUGCUGUGGCGGACAAGUACAACCCAACCUCUUCAGCGAUACCAGCUCACCACGGUGACCUACGGGACGUCAUGCGCACCUUACCUGGCCACACGUGUGCUUAACCAAUUGGCAGAGGACGAAGGGCACCGAUAUCCGCUUGGUGCAAAGGUCAUCCGGAAAGGAUUCUACAUGGACGAUGCUCUUUCAGGGGAAGACGACCUGGAAACUGCUGUUGAGACAGUGAUACAGCUGACGGAACUACUGAAGCUUGGAGGCUUCAACUUGAGGAAAUGGAGCUCCAAUGAUCCUCGGAUUCAGGCUCACUUGCCGGAUGAACUGAAGGAAUUCGCGCCGGAAACUGAAAUCGACGGUUCCGGAAACAUAAAAACGCUAGGUUUGUUGUGGUCGCACGUCACCGAUGAAUUUGGAUUCAAAAUCCCAUCGCUUCCGCCCUCGAACAAGGUCUCUAAACGAGUAGUGGCCUCCGAGAUGGCACAGUUAUUCGACCCACUCGGACUAGUCGGAUCAGUGGUGAUGAGUGCCAAAAUGUUUAUUCAGAAGCUGUGGGCGAUAGGAAUUCCUUGGGAUGAUGACCUUCCCGAGAACCUACGAGAUUGGUGGCUGCGUUUCCGUGAAGAAAUUCCGCAAUUAGCAGAGCUGAAAAUCCCACGUCGAGUUCUCACGAACGACUUCAACAGAUACGCAUUACAUUGCUUCUGUGAUGCUUCCGACCACGGCUACGGCGCCUGUGUCUACGUGGUUUCGUCGAAUGGGGCUGGAAAUCACUACAGCCAACUUCUCAUAGCUAAAUCGAGAGUCGCACCACUGCGUGGACUUACAACCCCGAAACUGGAACUCUGUGCUGCUGUGUUAGGAUGUCAGCUGCUGGAUCAAGUCCGAAGCACGACUAGAUUCGCCGGAGUAGUGACGUUCUGGUCGGAUUCCAGUAUAGUUCUACACUGGAUUUGAUCGCCGCCUACCGUUUGGAAGGUGUUCGUGUCGAAUAGAAUAGCAGAAAUCCAGAAACUUUCAAACAACGACAGCUGGCGCCAUGUUCCGUCGAAGGCCAAUCCGGCGGACAGGAUAUCUCGUGGAGUUUUACCGUCAGAAAUACUCGAAGAUUCGCUGUGGUGGCACGGGCCCAACUUUCUCGUUCAGGCCGUCGAAACUUGGCCUGAAGACAUCGUGUCGCUCACUCGCGAAGAACAGGAAGUUCGUGACGUGGAAGCUCGCCAGGUGGUUACUUUCGCGGUGACCCAGGUUGAUCACUCGAUCAUCCAUCGAUAUUCGGAUCUUGGAAGGUUGCUUCGGGUAGUUAGUUACUGCUUCCGAUUCUGUCGAAACGCUCUAGGUCCGCAAAAUCGUCGCAAGGUUGGUCCUCUGCAGCCGCCCGAAGUGGAUUACUCGCUUAAAUCGCUCAUUCGUUCCGUCCAAGGUACAGAAUUCCCAGAAGAACUUCGUUGUCUCUCGACGAAUCCUCAGCGGCGACUGACCAGCAAGGACCGGAAACUCCAAUCGUCAUUCAAGUCGCUUAACCCGUUUCUGGACAACACAGGCCUCCUACGGAUAGGAGGACGCUUGGCAAAGCUGUCGGCCUCUUUGGAUACCAGAGCACCUAUUCUUCUACCGGCCAAACAUCAUCUGUCUUGGCUAAUCGCUCGCUCCCUCCAUCUAAGGACUCUUCAUGGAGGACCAACCCUGCUACUGGCUACCAUUCGGCAAAGAUUCUGGCCUCUACGUGGACGCGAUCUCGUUCGUAAAGUCGUUCGGCAGUGUGUGACCUGCUUCCGCUGUGCCCCGAAGCCGACGGAGCAGUUCAUGGCUCCUCUACCGUCUGUGCGAAUCACGCCGGCACGAGUGUUCGCGAAUAGUGGUAUGGACUACUGUGGGCCCUUCGGUAUUCGUCCGUUAGUUGGGAGGGGAGCAAACGUGAAAAUGUACGUCGCCGUGUUCGUUUGUAUGGUGGUGAAGGCGGUACACCUCGAGGUAGUCACCGACCUUACGUCCGUCGCGUGUAUCAAUGCGGUGAAGCGGUUCGUCGCACGUCGCGGUCGCGUAGUGAAUUUGUAUUGCGACAACUCGACAGCAUUCGUCGGAGCUGAUCGAGAACUGAAGCAGCUACGUCGCCAGUACCUUCAGCAGUAUUCGACGGAGCAGUGGAAUGGAUACUGCCUGGAGAGUGGAAUAACGUUCCACUUUAUCCCUCCACGUUCCCCCCACCACGGUGGCCUGUGGGAAGCGGGGGUCAAAUCGUUCAAACACCAUCUGCGUAGGAUCCUUGGAUGUCGAUCGUUUACGUUGGAGGAGUUCAACACUACAGUGGCCCAAAUCGAAAGUAUGCUGAACUCUCGCCCCCUGUCGCCACUGUCUAGUCACCCGCAAGAUCUGUCCAGCCUUACUCCCGGCCACUUCCUUGUGGGAGAGCCUUUGUUUUCUAUUCCAGAGCCCGACUACACCACACAUCCUGUUGGUCGGCUCAACCGUUACCAGGAGAUGAAGCGCAGUGUCCAGGAUUUCUGGAAACGCUGGGCACGAGAGUACGUCAGCGAGCUCCAUCAGCGCUCAAAGUGGCAACGUGUGCGGGACGAAGUGAAGGUGGGAUCCCUGGUCCUGCUGAAGCAAGAAGGUCUUCCACCCCUCGAAUGGAACUUGGGUCGUGUCGUAGCGGUAUCACCAGGAUCGGACGGCCACGUUCGGGUCGUCGAGGUUCGAACAGCGAAAGGAUACUACACACGAGCAGUGACUGAAGUCUUUCUGCUACCUAUCGAGG